UCAAGCCAGCAGCAGUUCUCCGCAGGCGGCAGGAAGGCUUCAGCCAGCGCCACCGCCCACCGGCUCGACGCCUCGACGUCGACUGUUCUAGCUCCACUGCGGCCAGCUUCUGCGCCACUCCGCUCCCAGGCAGGCAAGGCAAGUGCUGGUCGCCCAACGCGGGGGCCGGCCGGCCGCUGGAUCUGGUAGAGAGGCUGGCGCGGGCGUGCAGCUGCUCGGCUAGGUGGCCAUCAUCAUACAAGACUGACAAUCAGCAAGGACUGACAAGAAGAUGCUGAAGAAACUGUUGCCAAAGACUAAGAGCAAGAAGAAGAAGGAGGCAGCCUCCUCUGCGAUACCCACGUUGGAUCGGCUCCAUGAGACUCUAGAAAUGCUGGAGAAGAAAGAGCGUUUCCUUCAGAAAAAGUGUUCUGCUGAAAUCGGAAAGGCUAAGGAUUAUACAAAAUCGAAGAACAAGAAUGCUGCAAUUCAGUGUCUAAAGAAAAAGAAGCUGUACGAGACACAAAUUGAACAGCUAUCAAAUUUUCAAUUGCGAGUUCAUGACCAGAUUAUAAUGCUUGAAAGUGCAAAGGCAACUACCGAUACUGUUGAUGCUUUGCGCUCUGGAUCAUCUGCUGUCAAAGCUAUUCAGCAAUCACUGAACAUCGAUGAUAUUGAGAACGCCAUUGAUGAGUCAAACGAACAGACAGAAAAUAUGAGGCAGAUACAAGAGGCACUUGCAACACCAGUCGGUGCUUCUGCUGAUUUUGACGAGGAUGAGCUAGAAGCAGAGCUGGAAGAUCUGGAGGAGGAAGAACUCGAUGAAGAGUUGCCUGCACCACCAGCGAGGAUAUCUGCGCCUGUGGAACCAUUAGCGAAAGCAACAUCAUCUUCUAAGCAGCGCAGUGAAUUGAGUGAACUGACGAAACUUCAGGCCGAGAUGGCACUUUAGUUGUAGCUUCUAGCUUGACUGACAUUGGGAGGGAUCGGUGACUCUGUUUCACCGAUAUUCUGAUGCUUACUUGUAUGAAUGUUGUAAAUUCAGGUUGUUGUAGGAGAUCCGUGUCCGUUCCGACUCUGCCCUGCCGCCGGUCGACGGGUCAUUUGGAUCCGAUGCGGUGCCGGUUGUAGGCGCGAGGCAAUAUAUUUAUUUAUUCGGUGCUCCC